AUGGAGGAGAAGCCAAGAUUCACAGGGAAUGGUGUGCUGAGGCUCCCCCCUGGGUUUAGGUUCCACCCCACCGACGAAGAGCUCGUGCUUCAGUACCUUAAGAGGAAGGUUUACUCCUCUCCCUUGCCAUCCUCCAUCAUCCCGGAAGUCGAUCUCAGCAAGUAUAAUCCAUGGGAUCUACCUGCUUGUGGUGGGUGCGGGUGCGAGGAAGUGAAGUACUUCUUCGGCCUGAGAGAGGCCAGAAAUCCGAACCGGAGCCGCCGGAACCAGGCGGCUGGAUCCGGUUUCUGGAAAGCCACAGGGAAGGAGAAACCAGUGACGGCUUCCUGGUGCCACCAGGUGGUGGGGAUGAAGAAGGUUUCCGUCUUCCACCGAGGGAAGCCGCCCACCAAGACCGAAUGGAUCAUGCACGAGUACCGCCUUGCCGGCCCUCAUGCUACUACCACAUCGGACGCAACUCAUGGUACCAUGGCUGCAAGGUGGGAUUGGGUGGUCUGCCGCGUCUUUAAGAAGAAGAGAGCGAAGAUUGAGCUCGGGGAAGACCACAGGCAGGAGUCGAGCUGCGUCACCGAACUCUCUGAUGGUUCUGGUGACGGAGAGGAAGCAAGUUCAGGCAGCAUGAGUUUGACUCCAUGAGAACAUAGGCAUGUCGCGCUGCUGCAUCAUUAGAUCAAGACUUUUCUUUCUUCCUUUUUGUUCCUCAGAAGCCAAAUGCAAAAUAAGCUUUGAGCUGUAACUUGUAGGAUGCCUUAUCUACGACUUAGAUUCAAAAGAGCUUUACGCAGCAGUUGAACUGA